AGAGAUCAGGUUUAUGAUCUGCAACGGACUCUAACUACGCACUUCUGGAUGUGAAAGGCAAGCUUUGUCUCCCUCAGCCUCAGCAUCCACCUGCUCCUGCAGCUCACAGUCAUCAUGGAAUCCAUAGUGGUGGAAAACAUCUACCUCCUGGUCGUCGUCACCCUCAUCAGCGUACUGCAGAAUGUGUUCUUUGCUCAGAAGGUAGCGAGGGAGUGCAAGGGUCAUAACCACCACACAGCUGCUUUUGAGCGAGUGUCUUGUGCCAAUCGUAACUGUAUGGAUGCUUAUCCCACUUUCCUGGCAGUAAUGUGGUGUGCCGGUCUGUGCCUCAGUCAAGCUCCUGCUGCCUUUGCUGGGAUCAUCUACCUUCUAGUCAGGCAGAAGUACUUUGUUGGAUACUUGGGACAAACCUCUCAAAGCACGCCAGGAUACCUGUUUGGAAAACGCAUCAUCAGCUUCCUCUUCCUGAUGUGCAUCGUGGGCAUCUUCAACUACCUGCUGGCGCGUUACUACGGCAGCGACUAUAAGGACUACGUAGAAAUCAUCACCAAGGCCUCCUCCGCUCUCCUCCUUAUCCCUUAAUUCAGUGUUUGUCAUAUAGCUUGGGAGCUGUUGCAAUCAAACGCUGUACUCUUUUCCUGUUUUUCUAAAAGCGUUUAUUGUAUUUGAGGUUGGUAAAAUAAAAAAAAUAUAAAACA